AUGCACUCCCAGCUGCCCAGGCCCCUCAGACUCCAACACAUUUUCGGUUUUCGGAGGAAUGCCCAAGCAGCUACACUGAAGCGGCUACUGGAAGCGCACAUCUUGGACUUCCGACCCCUGGUGGCACUAGAGUCGUGGUACCUCCAGAUGAGCGCGGCGCUCCUCACCAAAUUCGAUAUUUCCCCGGAGACCGAUAGGCAGCGCUUUAGAGCCACCGGAGUUCCUGCUGGAGAGACGCCCACGGAGACCUACCAUCGGCUGCGAGGACUCUACCGUCGCUGGAUUCGCCCCGACAUCCUGUCCAAGGACGCGAUCGGUGAGCUCAUCGUCUUGGAGCAACUGCUGUGUGUGCUUCCGCCGGACGUCCGUAUGUGGGUGAAGGAGCACAACUUGGAGGACGGCCUUACAGCAGCGAAGUCCGAUCUUACCCAGAACUUUGUGGUUUCCAGUGACGCCUCUGCCGUGGGACUGGGUGCUGUACUGUCCAAGGAGAUCCAGGUCGUGACGGAGUAA